GCCCCUGCUCACCGCAACUGGAGAAAGCCCACAUGCGGCAGUGAAGACCCAGGGCGUCAUAAAUAAACAUUAGACAGAGAUGGGGACUGGAGUGAUACACCUACAUGGAUUGCUGACAGCAACUAGAAGUUAGCAGAGGUGUGAAAUGGUUUGUCCCUCAGAGCCUCUGGAAGGAAUCAAGCCUGCUGACACCUUGAUUUCAGACUCCUGGCCUCCUACACGAUCCAAGAAGAGCUGCUAAUUUUUCAGUCUGUUUAGCCCUUUACUUGUCAGCAUAGAUUGGCGACUACCAAGCUGCUUGCAGAAUCCUACAGUGUACAACUGAGGUGGUGAAGAAAUUAUACAUCUACUGAAUGAAAAAUUUUUUCUUAAAGUUGCAUAUACUCCAAGAAAAAAUCCCAAAUGUUUUUAUAUCUUGCCUAAAUAUAAAAUUUAAACAAGGAAUUUGCACAGAAGCUCUGUGGCCGGCACCAUGUUCUGGAAGUUUGACUUGAGCACCACGUCGCACGUUGACAAGCUGCUGGAUAAGGAGGGCGUGACACUGCGGGAGCUGAUGGAUGGAGAAGACAUCCUGCAGGAGUGCAAGGCCCAGAACCGGAAACUGCUGGACUUCCUGUGCCGGCGGCAGAGCAUGGAGGAGCUGGUGGGCCUUGUGACUCAGGACCCGGCCCUGGACCUGGAGGAGAGGGCCCGCUUCAAAUACCCGAAUACAGCCUGCGAGCUACUGACAUGCGACGUGCCACAAAUCAACGACAGGCUGGGAGGGGAUGAGACUUUGCUGAACGUUCUUUACAACUUCCUAGACCGUGAGCCGCCCCUCAAUCCUCUGCUCGCCAGUUUCUUCAGCAAGACCAUUGGCAAUCUCAUUGCAAGAAAAACUGAACAGGUGAUUGCGUUCCUGAGGAAGAAGGACAAGUUCAUCAGCCUGGUGUUGAAGCACAUCGGCACGUCGGCCCUCAUGGACCUGCUGCUGCGCCUGGUCAGCUGCGUGGAACCUGCUGGACUCAGGCAGGAAGUCCUGCACUGGCUUAAUGAAGAGAGGACCAUCCAGAGACUCGUGGAGCUGAUCCAUCCAAGUCAGGAUGAAGACAGGCAGUCUAAUGCUUCGCAGACGCUCUGUGACAUCAUCCGGCUGGGCAGGGAGCAGGGCGGCCAGCUGCUGGAGGCUCCGCAGCCAGACCCCCUCCUCAUGGUGCUGGAGUCGCAGGAGUGCGUGGAGCAGCUGCUGAGGAACAUGUUUGAUGGAGUGCAGACCGAGCUCUGCCUCGUCAGCGGGACACAGGUGUUACUUACCUUGCUGGAACCCAGGCGGGCAGGGUCAGAGGGCUUGCUGGACUCCUGCUCUCAGGACAGGUCGUGCACCGUCAGCCCCGGCGUCCUGCGCGGCGUUGAGCCACGGCUGAAGGACUUCCACCAGCUUCUGCUCAGCCCGCCCAAGAAAGCAGCCAUCCUGACCACCGUCGGCGUGCUGGAGGAGCCCCUGGGCAACGCGCGCCUGCACAGCGCCCGCCUCGUGGCUGCCCUGCUGCACACGGGCACUCCCAGCGUCAACCAGGAGCUCUGCCGGCUCAACACCAUGGGGCUGCUGCUGGACCUGUUUUUUAAGUACACCUGGAAUAACUUCCUGCACCUCCAAGUGGAGCUCUGCAUAGCCGCCAUCCUGUCCCACGCUGCCCGGGAGGACAGGGCCGCAACCAGUGGGCCUGAGGGUGGGCUGGAGCCUCCACCCUCCAGCGGGGACCCAGCAACCCCCCAGCCUGCCAGCAGCCGCCCCGAGAGCACCAUGGUGGCCCACCUGUUCCAGAAGUGUUGCCUGGUCCAGAGGAUCCUGGAGGCCUGGGAAGCCAACGACCAUACUCAGGCAGCGGGCGGCAUGAGGCGCGGGAACAUGGGCCACCUCACCCGGAUCGCCAACGCAGUGGUGCAGAACCUGGAGGGGGGCCCCCUGCAGAGCCAGGUCAGCGAGGUCUUCCGAGGGCUCCCGGGGGACUGCCGUGGGCGCUGGGAGAGCUUCGUGGAGGAGACGCUGUCGGAGGCCAACCGCAGGAACGCGGUGGACCUGGUGAGCACACACCACCUUCACCCCUCGAGUGAGGACGAGGACAUGGAGGGCGUUUUCCCCAACGAGCUGUCCCUGCAGCAGGCGUUCUCUGAGUACCAGGUCCAGCAGAUGACGGCCACCUUCGUGGACCAGUUUGGCUUCAGUGACGAGGAGUUUGCUGAGCAGGAUGACAGUGUCAACGCCCCAUUUGACAGGAUCGCAGAGAUCAGCUUCAGCGUCGACGCCGAUGACGACAGCCCUGGCGCGGUGCUGUUUGAGGCCUGCUGCAGCGACCACAUCCAGCCCUUCGACGAGGACGACGACCUCUGGGAGGACGAGGAGACACACCGCACGGCCCGCGUGACCAGAGCCAGGUUCGGGGGCCCCCACGCCUCAGAGCGCUGCCGGAAAGACGGCCCGGAGCGCCGAGGCCAGGGUGCGGGCGAGGGUGCCGACGCAGCCCCGGCAGGCUCCCCGCGAGCUGCCAGCCGGCAGGAAGGCCCCUGCGUCGAGGGCGGCUCAGAAGCAGGUUCCCCGUGGGCCGUGUUUGAUGGGCCACUGACUUCCAUGACCGCAGACCCGGCCCCAGCAGUGGCGCUGGACGUGGGUUCCAGUGUGUGGGCAGCCGGCUCCCCCAGCACUUCUGCUCCGGAGGAGAAAGGCUGGGCCAAGUUCACCGACUUCCAGCCUUUCUGUUGCUCUGAGUCGGGGCCAAGGUGCAGCUCCCCGGUGGACACUGGCCGUGGCGACGCCCAGGCUGGCCUGAACCAGGGCCCAGAGAGAGCCCUUGGUGCCUGGAGCGCGUGUGUCCCCAGCAAGGCACCCCUGGUGGCCGCCAGCAGCCGUAAGGAUGAGCAGGAGGCAGCUGCUGCCUCGGGGGCUGUUGGUGUGGGUCCCAGCCAGGCCUCCCCGCUGUCGGUGUCGGGCCCCAGGACUGACUGUGCCCCCAGCUCACCGCCAGGCCUGGUGCCCCUAGACCCUGCCGAGGCGCCCGCUGCCUCCGCCGUGGCCACCCUACCCGAGGCCGCUGUGACGGCCCCCGUGGUGCCGGGCGUCAUGGGCCCCGAACCCUGGGCCGUCUCCCCCGUGCUGGCAGUGGCUGUCCCCCCAGGGCCCAUGGUGGCCGUCACCACCGCAGCCCCUGCCAGCCCAGCCAUUUCCAUGGCAGCUGCCCUGGAGACAGUGACAAGAGACAGACAGGCUGACGGGCUGCCGCCCUCAGAAGCCGCCCUCAAUGGCCCCGUGUGAUGCUGCUGCUGCGCAGUCUUGGCGCCCAACCCAGAAAACUACCUGGUGACGCAAUUUGUCUUUUUUAAUUUAAUUUAAUUUAAUUUUAAAAUAAAUGCUGCAUUGGUAAAGCUGGCAGUUGGAACCAGCCGGACAGCCCCGCCUGCAUUUCUCCUGCCUGACCCCGACUGAGCGGGCCACGGGGGUCCAGCCCCGCACACAGCAAUAAGGCCUCAGCCGUGGCUCUGCCUGUGGGAGCCCAGGGCCGCAGCCCCAGAGGCCUGAGGGCCGGGCCAGACUCCUUGCCUGUUUUUUUUACCAUUUUUUUUUUUUUAACAGAUGCAGGAAGAGCCAUGUGUUUGCACUUUUUAUCUGGCGCAGGAGAGGGUCUCCAAGGCUCUGGGGUCAAAUGCGGGUCUGGAGUGGGGCUGACCAGACGGGGUCCUAGCUGCCCAGAGCUCCUGGGAGCGGGCCAUGCCAGGCUGCAAACGACUGCCUUAAAAAAACAAGCCCCUGCGGCCUGGCAGGGUGUCCCGGGCCUCCCGCAGCGUGCACCAGGGGCGCGGGGCAGGCGCUGGCUGUGGGUGGGGUGCAGAGGGCCCAGCAGUGCUGGGGGCGCCGAGCUGUCCCAGGGGCCUGCGGGGUCAGCUCACGUGAUGUUCUUUCUGACGGCACUCAGACCCUCGAUUCCAAUAAAGGUUGUUAUUCUCACCUACA